AUGACGAGGAUCUGGCAGAAAAGCUCUGCUGCCAAACUGAAGAUUCCGCCGGAGUAUACUCAUAGCUCAGAUCCAGUCAACGUCGAAAUACGGAACAACUUGGGCCUGCUCAGGAAAGCUGCCACGCAACGACCGAGUGCGAAAUCUACCGCCCUCGUAGCGGGGGUGGUCGGCAAGAUUAGCUCCACUGCCAUCCUUGGCAGGCUACCCAAGGCUGAUCUCCUACGGCGACGAGUUGCGAACGCCCGCAAGCGAGCGGCCCCGGCCUUUCCUGCGAAUCCAUCGCAUCGGAGCGAUCUGAUCAUCCCAAAUAUCUUGAAGAUGACGACGAAAAACGAAUCGUUUUUACUCCACGACUCCGGCGAGGGAGCGACGGACAGGAUCCUCAUAUUCGAGACGCCUGAGAACCUCAAUAUCCUAAGAGAGAGCGACGAGCUGUUCCUAGAUGGGAACUUCAGAGUUUGUCCCUUGAUCUUCCAUCAAAUGUUGUACAGCAUUCUUGCGAAGCUGCCAGAUGGCGAAGCGGUGCCAGUGGUAUAUUCGCUCCCGCCAUCAAAGAGCGCGGUGACAUACCGACGCUUCCUCGGCAUCGUCGCCGACCUUCUCGACGGUCACCAACCGUAUCUCCUCCACAUCGAUUUUGAAAUCGCCAUGGCAGACAGCGCCCUGCGCAACAAAUACAUGACUGACGAAGACUUCGCGCUGGAUGUUCGGAUGUUUGCGGCCCUCGCUCUUGUUCCGAAGAAUAAUGCCCUAUCGGCUUUGGCUUCGCUCUUGGAAUCGAACUUCGUUCGUGAGAGCAAUUACAUCCUUACCAACUCCAUAAACUGA